UAAUAUGUAAGUAGAGUACAAGAAAACUAGCAGAAGAGCAGUGAUGAAAUAAAACGGACGUCCAUUCUGACCAAACACUGCCACCCUUUGUCACUGCCAUCAUCAUCAAAAGCCUCUUUCUUAUAGGGCCAGAAUGAAUUCCUCUUCCCUAUACCCUUAAUUUACUGUUAUCUCUCUCUCUUCUUUCCUUCUCUUGUCUUCCUGUGUGUUGAGAUAUGGAAAAUUUGCUGGAUUUUUCACAACAGGACACCUCUUUCUCGUCCUCUACAAGUGGGUAUUAACCAACUCAUUCUGCUCUCUUCUACUUUCAUUCAUUAAUUAAUGCAACAAUAACACUGGUAUCACACUUCAUUCAACUUGCAAAAAAGGCAAAAAGUGGUACAGACUUAGAGAGAGACAGAUAGAGGAAUGGGUUAGGCUCAAAACUGUUAAAGCAUUCUUGGGUUUGGUGGUGAUGAUGGAAAUGGGAAAAUUGAAGUGGUGGCAGUUGCAACUAGAGUGUGAGAAAAGGAAACAAAACCAUUGAUUUAGUAGUAGUGUUGUUCUGUUGAAAGCUGGAAGAAGAUAAGCAGAACAAGGGUCUGAGUCUGGAUCCCCCCAGAACAAAUUAUCAUAAUCAUCCUCUUUAUCAACAAAACCAACAAGACCCUCAUCACCAUAACUCUGUUCUAAAUUCAAGUUAUGUAAGGGAUAAUGAAGAAGAAGAAAAUGAUGAACAAAAUUCAUCUCCCUCAUCUGAAAAACCCCUGCAUCAUCCUCACUAUCAUGACCAACACCAACACCAACACCAAGACCCAACCUUUCAUUUUCAUCACCAGUACUUUCAACCACCCCAACAAUAUCUAGAUUUAGAACCACAACCAGAGUCACUUGAACCACCAAAAAAACGGUCUUCUUUUCUUCCACCACUACCACACCCUAAUCCACCAACAUCAUUAUCUUUCUCUUCCAUCGAAUAUGCAAGAAAGAUGGGAGAAACAAUACACGACCAGCACACAGGAACAGCAACAGCAACAGCUACAACAACAAAAACAGCAGCAACAACCUCGUCGAAGAGAAUCAGCAGCAGCGGAGGAGGAGGAGAAAUCGUGGAGGUACAAGGAGGUCACAUUGUCCGUUCAACAGGACGGAAAGACCGUCACAGUAAAGUUUGCACCGCGAAAGGUCCCCGUGACCGCCGUGUACGACUCUCAGCCCACACUGCGAUUCAAUUCUACGACGUGCAAGAUCGUCUCGGCUACGACCGGCCAAGUAAAGCAGUCGAUUGGCUCAUUAAAAAAGCUAAAUCUGCUAUCGACGAACUCGCUCACCUCCCCGCUUGGAACCCCACAGCUACAUGUUCUUCAACACCACAACAGCAGCAGCAGCAGCAAACAAAUGAAAUGUUUCACCGGCAAUCUCCGGUGGACAACAAUCCAGUAACCGCUUCUACCAGUCACCGCUCAGCGGCAUUAGAGCGAAGAAUGCCACCACACGAACAACAAUUUCCUUCCCAACAACAACAGUUGGAGAUAGACUACAACAGUAGUAGCAGUGGGAAACAUGGUUUUCUUCAAGGCUCGUUAGACACUGACAUUGCGGAUACUAUUAAGUCUUUUUUCCCAGUUGAAACGCCCACCACAUCUUUUCACAAUUAUCAACAACCGCCGGAUUUACUCUCUCGAACGGCGGCAACCACCCAGCAGCAAGAUCUCCGUCUCUCAUUGCAAUCUUUUCAAGAUCCUAUUAUGCUUCAGAGCCACCAUGACAACCACCACCACCACCACAAUAACAAUAACCAAGUGCUUUUCGCCGGAAACUCCUCCCUUGGUUACGACGGUGGUGGAAGUGGAAGCACCUUGUGGUCUGAGCAGCAACAACAGCAGCAGCAUCAAGAGGAACAUGAUAACGGCAGAUUGAAUAGAAUGAUGGCUUGGAAUGCUAAUAAUAUUAAUGCUAAUGCUGCAGAUGGUGGUAACAGUGGCCAUGGUGCUGGAUUUGUGUUCAGUACACCGGCACCGGCGUUUGGCGGUUAUGGUCAGUUUUUUACUCAGAGGGGACCCCUUCAGUCCAGUUACAAUCCUUCAGUUCGUGCUUGGAUAGAUCCUUCAAUGGCGACGGCGAAUAUCGUUGAUCACCAUCAUCACUAUCUUUCGCCGAUGAUCCAUCAGGCUUCUGUCUCUGGUGGUGGAUUCUCAGGCUUUCGUAUACCAGCACGAAUUCAGGGUGAAGAGGAACACGACGGCGUAUCCGAUAAACCGUCCUCUGCUUCCUCCGACUCUCGCCAUUGAUUGGAACACUGAUAAAAAUAAUCCAAACUUUCAGGUUCACGGUUUGCGUUGCAGACGGUCUUUUUUGGGAGAGAGCUUUUGGUUUUGAAAGAGCUACAAUUGGAAUUCAAAAGCAACUUGGGUUUGGAUUUUUCAGAUGUUUCAACUUCAAUUCAAUGGCUUAUAUAUAUAUAUAUAUACCGUGUGGGAAUGAAGAAAAUCUGGUUUGAUUUAUUCAUUCAGAUUUAUCAAUUUCAGUCCCCCGGUUUUGUACUACAAUUUAUCUUUUGUUUUUCAAGCUUUAACUAGGACUAAGAGUACUACUAUGUUUAUGUUUGUGUCUAAUUUGCUUCAUUUGUGUCCUUGGAUUUCAAUUUGUAGUAGUUGUGUUGUGUUUUCUUAAUUAGAACUUGUUCCAUUUCUAGUUUCGACUAGUAAUUUGGAAAAAAACAUGCAGAUUAAAUAACUGAGCUAGCUUGCUCAAAAGUUGUUGUUUAUUUCCA